GGCUGGAUUGAAACAGCAGAUCGAGUGACGGACAUUGAGAGAGUAGAGAGAGGGCUCGGGAAGGGGCAGGGUCGCAGCUUCCCCAUCACAGGCUUCAUUAUAUUUAUUCACACGGUAUAUUUAUAUUUUCAUAUUGGAUAGUGUAUAUAUAUUUAUUGUCAGAGUCUAGUGCGGAGAGGGGCAAUCAUGGCACAGCCAGAUAAGAGGCUUUUCGAGAAUCUGUCCGGGAAGGGCAAAGCCAUCGGGGUUCUGACAAGCGGAGGAGAUGCCCAAGGUAUGAACGCCGCUGUGCGCGCUGUAGUGCGAAUGGGCAUCUACGUACAAGCCAAAGUGUACUUCAUUUAUGAGGGAUACCAAGGAAUGGUGGAUGGAGGAGACAAUAUUGAGGAAGUGUCGUGGGAAAGCGUUUCUAGCAUCUUGCAAGUGGGUGGGACUGUCAUCGGCAGUGCGCGUUGCAAGUCCUUCCGGACCCGCGAAGGUCGUUUACAGGCAGCUAAUAACCUAGUUCAGCGGGGAAUUACCAACCUCUGUGUUAUAGGAGGUGAUGGUAGUCUGACAGGUGCUAACCUGUUCCGGGAAGAAUGGAGUGGGCUUCUGGAUGAACUCGUACAAAAUGGAAAAAUUGAGGCAGAAGCAACUAAACAGUAUGCCCAUCUGAACAUUGUGGGAAUGGUGGGAUCUAUAGAUAAUGAUUUCUGUGGAACUGAUAUGACCAUUGGAACUGACUCAGCCCUGCAUAGGAUUAUUGAAGUUGUUGACGCCAUCAUGACCACCGCUCAGAGCCACCAGAGGACCUUCGUGCUGGAAGUCAUGGGAAGACACUGUGGGUACCUCGCCCUGGUCAGUGCCUUAGCUUGUGGGGCAGACUGGGUGUUUAUCCCUGAAUACCCACCGGAGGAGGGAUGGGAAGACACAAUGUGCAACAAACUGUCUGAGAAUCGUGCAAGGAAGAAAAGGCUCAAUAUCAUCAUUGUAUCAGAAGGGGCUAUCGACUGCCAUAAUAAGCCAAUCACAUCAGACUUGGUUAAGGAUCUGGUCAUGAAACGCCUGGGAUUUGACACUCGUGUUACAAUAUUGGGCCAUGUCCAAAGAGGUGGAACCCCGUCAGCCUUCGACAGAAUUCUGGCAAGUCGAAUGGGAGUGGACUGUGUCUUGGCCCUGCUUGAAGCUACGCCAGAAACGCCAGCCUGUGUUGUGUCUUUAUGUGGAAACCAAGCUGUGCGCCUGCCCCUUAUGGAAUGUGUUCAGAUGACCCAGGAAGUUCAGAAGGCCAUGGAUGAAAGAAGAUUUGACGAUGCUGUACGUUUACGAGGAAGGAGCUUUGAAAACAACCUCAACACUUACAAGCUGCUCUCCCAUAAGAAAAAUGUAUCCGAGCUUCCGAAGAGCAAUUUCAAUGUGGCUGUUUUGAAUGUGGGGGCGCCCGCUGCGGGCAUGAACGCUGCAGUCAGAUCUGCCGUGAGAGUAGGAAUAACAGAGGGCCAUAAAAUGUUCGCCGUCAACGAUGGUUUUGAAGGAUUCGCCAAGGGGCAGAUUAAAGAGAUAAAAUGGGGAGAUGUUGGAGGCUAUACAGGUCAAGGUGGAUCUCUUCUGGGAACAAAGAGGACCCUUCCUGCUAAAUACUUUGACCAAAUUGCAGAGCAACUCCGAACACAUAAAAUUAACGCUCUACUUGUCAUUGGUGGAUUCGAGGCCUACUUGGGACUGCUGGAAAUGGUUGAGGGCCGAGGGAAAUAUGAUGAGUUCUGUAUCCCUAUGGUCAUGGUUCCCGCUACUGUCUCCAACAAUGUGCCCGGCUCAGAUUUCAGCAUUGGUGCAGAUACAGCUCUGAACACUAUAACUGAUGCAUUUGAAAGUAUGGUGCAGCUAGUCGAGGCACGUGGCACCUAUGAGGAAUUUUGCAUCCCUAUGUGUAUUUUGCCAGCUACCAUUAGCAACAAUGUACCAGGCACUGAUUUAAGUCUUGGCGCUGACACUGCUCUCAAUGCUAUUAUGGAGACCUGCGAUCGCAUCAAACAGUCAGCGAGUGGAACCAAGCGGCGCGUGUUUAUCAUCGAAACGAUGGGUGGCUACUGCGGCUACUUGGCUAACAUGGGCGGCCUUGCGGCUGGUGCAGACGCGGCGUACAUCUUCGAAGAAUCCUUUGAUAUUCGCGAGCUCCAGGCAAACGUGGAACAUUUAACAGAGAAAAUGAAAACAAGCAUCCAAAGAGGUCUCGUACUAAGGAACGAGAACAGCAAUGAGAACUACACCACAGAUUUCAUUUAUCAGCUUUACUCAGAAGAAGGCAGAGGGGUGUUUGACUGCAGAAAGAAUGUACUGGGGCACAUGCAGCAGGGGGGCGCUCCUUCCCCAUUUGACAGAAACUUCGGCACUAAAAUUUCGGCUAAAGCUGUCCAGUGGAUUUCCAAGAAGUUGGUAGAAACCUACAGAAAAGGCAGGGUAUUCGCAAACACAGACGAUAGCGUUUGUCUGUUAGGGAUGCGCAGGAGGAACCUCCUAUUCCAGCCAGUGACUCAACUCAAGGAUGAAACAGACUUUAAGCACAGGAUUCCCAAGGAACAGUGGUGGCUGAAGAUGAGGCCUUUGAUGAAGAUUCUGGCCAAGUACAAGACGAGCUACGACAUUUCAGACGCCGGCAAGCUGGAACACGUUAACAUGUGCAGACGGACAGAUGAAGCGGUUGCCAUCUGAACUUCCGAACCUCACACUCAAGCCUAUUGUUAUCGCCUAUCUACAUUGUGUGCCGUAGCGCCUGUCAGUUACGUCUUUGUAUUUAUUGCUCCAGCACUUUCUCUCCAUGCAGUUUCCAUUCCGUGUCUGUUCUCCAGCACAUGCAGCCCCAGUCCAUUAAAAGACAUAUCUAUGUAAAUGCCACGUCCGCCUGUAAUUCCAGUCCAUUUUACUCCACUCCAAUGUUCCGUUUUGUUGUGAGUAAAAUGAACAAACAUUUCGGAUAGACCCGCUGCGUAGUUAAGUUAUGCUUUUGUUCCACUUUGUACCAGAGACGUAAUGAUUCCACACAUACAAUCAAUGUGCAAUGUUUGGAUUUUUUAGUGACACGUUAUAUAUAUGUUGGUGUAAAUCA